AUGGCGCAUCCGACUAUAAACGCAUCUCUUCGCCAGAGCAAUGCCUACCCAACGACGUCACAGCAAGCCAUGACGUUGACCAUGCGAAUCGAAGCAAAAAAGGCGGAGUUGGAGAAUCUCACCCAAUUACGCGAUCUGAGUAAUGCCCUCGCCUCGCAGAUGCAAGCUCUUGAAUUAAAAUUGGCUACUUUGAAAGACGGCACAGAAUCCAUUGCUUGCGUUUUGGCAAACUGGCAGAGCGUUCUGCAGGCGAUCAACAUGGCGACCAAGAAAACAGCGACCAGCGUCGAAGCACUUGCGACCGCCGACAGCCGUCCAGCAACACUCGUGCGGAUACCUACUGCGACGAUUGACACUCUUCCGGAUGCGUGA